CGUGUCGCGCGCGGAGUGAACGGGGGUGCGCCGCUCCCUUAUUCGCCAUAGUUGCACAGCAGCGGCAGAGUACCGGACAGUGACUGCGGAGGCACCUGGACUCACUACAACAUUUAACAUUAAAGACAUGGCUGAGGAUGACGAGGUGACUCCCGAGCAGCUAGCAGCCAUCGCCGCCGAAAAUGAGGAACCAGAGUCGGUGAACUACAGGCCUCCUGCCCAGAAGUCGUUGAAAGAGAUCCAGGAGCUGGACAAGGACGACGAGAGCCUGCGCAAAUAUAAGGAAACUCUGCUCGGCGCUGACGUCGCUGAGACUGAUCCCACUGGUUCGCAGUGUUCCCAUGUCCAGGUGACCCGGAUGACUCUGUUGUGUGAGGCCGCUCCUAACCCCCUGGUCCUGGACCUGCAAGGAGACCUGGAAGCCUUUAAAAAGCAGGCAUUUGUUCUGAAGGAGGGAGUUGAAUACAAAAUAAAGAUCAACUUUAAGGUGAACAGGGAGAUUGUUUCAGGUCUGAAGUAUGUGCAGCACAUGUUCAGGAAAGGAAUGAGGAUCGAUAAGUCGGACUACAUGGUGGGCAGCUACGGGCCUCGUUCGGCCGAGUACGAGUUCCUGACCACGGUGGAGGAGGCUCCUAAAGGCACACUGGCCCGCGGCAACUACAACAUCAAGUCCAAGUUCACCGACGACGACCAGCACGACCACCUGUCCUGGGAGUGGAACCUCAACGUCAAGAAAGACUGGAAAGACUAAAAGAAAAGAAAAGAGGCCUCUGUGUUUUGGCCACCGCGCUCAUUCCGCCUCCACCUCUCCAUCGCACCCCCCCCCCCAGCCCACCAACCCCUGCUCUGCGUUCACCAUUUCCAGCCUUGUUUUGUUUUUACACGGUCGUGCACUUUUCAUGCCUUAUUUCCCGCUUCGUUGUCAGCACUGGCAGCAGCAACAGUAGCAGCAGCAGCAACCCCCACCCCCCCCAUAGUCUCUGUACCUGCCUGAUACAGCACCGCUUUCCACUAACCUGCAACCCCACUCCCACCCUGCGCUGUCAUGUAGCACCUUAUCUCCUCACGCCUUUGCCUCCUUUUUUUUUUUUUUAAUUUCCUCCCACUUUUUCCCGCUGCUUAAAGAGAUUACCCUCCCCCCCCCCCCCCGCCUUUCCAGAAUGGUGUCUUCCUCUCUCAGUAUCAAGUACAUGUGGAAACGCUACUGUACAAUCAACUUUUCUUUGCCUUUUUUUAUAUAUAUAUAUGUAUUAUAUAUAUGAUUGUAUCAAUUGUCGUGUGACGUGACUGUAUUCACUUCACUGUUUAAUCAGCUGCUGUGUUCAUGGCAGACCCCACCAUGUCCAACCACCCCGACCCCCCCCCCUUCGACCCCCGCUGCUGCAUCCAACAUUCCUUUGCUUGCUGUUUGUUUACCAAAACUUGCCUUGGAAAACAAAAACAAAGAAAGAAUUCAGAGCUGCGUCUCCCUCUUAUUUUCCCCGAAAGACCUCGUUCAGACCUCGUAUUAACAUCCAUCGUGAUCGAGAUAAGUUUGGGUUCUAUACUACGAGAAUGAGUCCACAUUCUUGAGCGUGUUUGAAUGAAAGCCGACCUCGGGAUGGAUGAGAGACCUGAUCUGAUGUGGUCUCGCAGUUUACACUAUGAACACUAAUCUUACUUUAUGUUACAGCAACGCGAGAAGAGCUUCGAUUCACUUGAGGUUUUCCUCGGCACAAAUGUGAAAAAAAACCUUGAUUUUGUUCUUGCAAAAACGGUCAUGACGUCCGUCUGCAUUUGAAUAAAGGACAGGAGGAAACCAGUUGUGGUCCAAUACCAGGAGUGAUCUCUAGAGGACCAUCUCCUCCGCCAUGGUUUCACAACAUUUUUACACUAUGAACACUAAUCUUAUUUUAUGUUACAGCGGCGCGAGAAGAGCCUUGACUCACUUGACACGCGUGCAGUCCGACGUGUUAAAAACUUGACCGUCUCCUUCGCUGAAGUCCUCUGAUCCGACGCGGUUUCGCAGCGUUUCUUAUUUAUUCUUACAAUCUUAUUUCAUGUUACAGCAGCGCGAGUAGUAAUCGACUCGUUUAAAAACGUGCUUUUAUUUCCGCAGGCGCAGUGUGGUCACAGGAGACGCGGUUAAACACCAGGAGUGAAACAGUCUGUAUGCGAAGGGAUCUCUGAGGUCUGAACGGGGUCUCAAAGCGAGGGACCCGGGGCCAAAGUGAACACGGGAGUGAAAAGGAUAAGGGUCGCUGCCUUAUUGUAUCGACUGCUUCUUCUCUUGUGACGAGAGCUCGCCUUCUGUGCAUGAGCGGCGCUUCCUGUCGAGUACUCUGUAUAUCAAAAGGGCUUAUUUCUCUCGCUACCACGUCACCUGUAGCCCGGUUGUAGUGGAGAUUUGUUUAUACAGGUUACUCAGAUACAGCUCUGCACAUACUCACCGCCCCCGAAACUAAAGCACCUCAUAACUGCAGGAGAAUGUACGGAAGUGUAUCGUGUUCGCCUUAAACAAAAAAUGUGGCUGUUUUUUUGAAUUAAUGAGAUUCUUUCUUUCUUUCUUUCUUGACUGCACCACUGGAAGCAAACGUGUCCCAGUUCAACUUUUCUUUCCAAUUU